GUCUAUCAUGUCUGACAUCCAGAGGGACAACAGAGUUGUUUCUUUGAGCUCAAGGGCUGGCAUCAGAAACUCUCUGGUCACCAUACUGGAUCAGCUGCAGCGCUGCCAGAAGUCACUCAAUGAGUUCCUGGAGGAGAAGCGCUCUGCCUUCCCACGGUUCUAUUUCAUAGGAGAUGAUGAUCUGCUAGAGAUUCUCGGUCAGGCAACCAACCCAACUGUAAUCCAGUCACACCUCAAGAAACUCUUUGCAGGCAUCCACAGUGUUGUGUUUGAUGAGCAGUGUCAGCACAUUGUGGCCAUGUGUUCUUUGGAAGGAGAAAUCGUGCCUCUCAGAAACCUAGUACGCAUCUCCAGCCUCGUGGAGAUGUGGCUAAGUGAGCUGUCUGUGGAAAUGAAGGAGACUCUGAAGCACCUGCUGUAUGAAUGUCUGUCAGCAGGGAGGAAAGGGAACGUGGACCCCUCACGCUACCCCUCACAGAUUCUGUGUCUGGCUGAGCAAAUUCAAUUUACUGAAGAUGUGGAAAGAGCUCUAAAAGAGCAGAAUUUGCAGCAGCUGGAGCUGGAGCUCAGUGCCAAAUUAGAACACUACACUACGGUGGACACCAGCUCUGAUGAUCAAGCUAAUUCAGAGACCAGUGUCCUGCAGUUGAAGCUGAAGGCGUUGAUUCUGGAUAUUAUUCACAACAUCAGUGUGGUGAAGCAACUGAACCAGGCAGGGGUGACCAGCGCUGAUGCCUGGGCCUGGAAGAAGCAGCUCCGCUUCUACAUGGGAACAGACAAAGGCUGCCUUAUACAUAUGGUGGACGCACAAUUCAGCUACACAUAUGAAUACCAGGGGAAUGCGGCCAAGCUGGUGCACACCCCGCUGACUGAUAAGUGCUACCUGACUCUGACCCAGGCCAUGAUGAUGGGACUUGGGGGGAACCCCUAUGGGCCUGCUGGCACGGGCAAAACGGAGUCGGUCAAAGCCCUGGGGGGGCUGUUCGGACGCCAAGUGCUGGUGUUCAACUGUGAUGAGGGCAUCGACGUGAAGUCAAUGGGUCGGAUCUUCGUGGGCUUGGUGAAGUGUGGAGCGUGGGGCUGCUUUGACGAAUUCAACCGCUUAGAGGAGGCAGUGUUGUCUGCAGUUUCCAUGCAGAUUCAGGCCAUUCAAGACUCCCUCAAACAUCACAAGAACUCAUGUGAACUGCUCGGGAAGGAG